UUUACUCAUUUCAUCGUAUAUCAAGUUGCUAGAUCGAUUUGUCCCACUAAUAGCAGACGCAGAAAGUAUGUGUGUUCCACAGUCGAGGGUGAAGUGAGUCCGCACGGCGAACGUUACUUGUUAUUUAUCUCAGCAUCAAACGACACAAGAAAAGCUUUUCUUGGACAUGCUCUAGAAAUUUAAAAUUAAUCACGUUUCAAAUACAUCAGAUGGAAUCGAAAUUAUUCAAACUUCAUCUGUAUCGACAAAUACGUCCGAAGUUGCAUCUCCUCGAAUGAAACGACAUUUAUCAACGGAAUCUACAAGUGAAUCUGCACGUAGCUUGAAGAAACUUCGUGAGAACUUAAUUCAGAAACAUACGCCAUCACCAAUGAGUAGUAUUGAUCCACUUAUUGUCGAGAUUGAUAGUUAUUUGAAAUUGGACACAGUUUGCGAUGAUGUACUGGAAUUUUGGAGAGUGUCGGGCGAAAAGUUUUGUAAUUUAAAAAGACUUUCACAAAUUGUUCUGGCAAUUCCAGCUACUUCAACGCCUAGUGAGCAAGUUUUUUCCACAACAGGAUUGAUUUUAAAUGCGAAUCGCACAAUGUUAGCACCCGAAAAUGUUGGCAAAAUUCAAGUGAGUCAUGAUAAUUAUGAUAUAUUUAAAAAACUCUAG